AUGUCCACUACACAUUGCAGAUUCUAUGAGAAUAAGUAUCCAGAAGUUGACGACAUCGUUAUGGUGAAUGUUCAGCAAAUCGCUGAAAUGGGAGCAUAUGUCAAACUUUUGGAAUACGAUAACAUUGAGGGUAUGAUUUUGCUGAGUGAGUUAUCUCGUAGACGUAUAAGGUCCAUUCAAAAGUUGAUCAGAGUCGGUAAGAAUGAUGUUGUCGUUGUUCUUCGUGUAGAUAAAGAAAAGGGUUACAUUGAUUUAUCCAAACGUCGUGUUUCAUCUGAAGAUAUCAUAAAAUGUGAAGAAAAAUAUCAAAAAUCUAAAACUGUACAUGCAAUUAUGAGGUAUUGCGCUGAAAAAUUUCAAAUUCCAUUAGAAGAUUUGUACAAAAGUAUUGCAUGGCCAUUAAGUCGAAAGUAUGGUCAUGCUUACGAAGCUUUCAAGUUAUCUAUAAUCGAUGAAACAGUUUGGGAAGGUAUUGAACCGCCAUCGAAGGAAGUUUUUGAAGAAUUGAAACUAUACAUUUCCAGGAGAUUAACACCUCAAGCCGUCAAGAUCAGAGCUGAUGUCGAAGUUUCCUGUUUCAGCUACGAAGGUAUUGAUGCAAUCAAAGAGGCUUUGAAAGCUGCAGAAUCUCUCUCCACAGAACAAAUGCAAAUUAAGGUAAAGCUAGUGGCCGCUCCAUUAUACGUUAUCACGACCCAAUCAUUAGAUAAACAAAAGGGUAUUGAAUUACUAGAGCAAGGUAUUGAAAAGAUUAACCAGGUCAUUGCUAAGCAUAACGGUGUUUGCAAUAUCACAAUGUCACCAAAGGCUGUUACCGCAACUGAAGAUGCUGAGUUGCAAGCACUAUUAGAAAGUAAGGAACUUGAUAACAGAUCUGAUUCUGAUUCUGAAGAAGACUCUGAUUCAGAAUAG